UAAAAUCCCUAGAUCUUUCGCUCUUCUUGCUAAAAUGGAGAAAGCUAGGUACUUUAGUCAAGGGUGUGCUCUCGAUGGCUCAAAUGGUGCUAUGUGGCCUCCCCAGAAAACACCUACCACUUAGCGGGCUUCCUCUUGUUUCGGUGGUCUGCGAGCUCGAAGUACGUAUGAGCGACAAGGCGGCGGUUCGGAGGGCUCGGAAAGCUGCUGCAGCGCGCGCUCGCCGACAGGACCCGAAUGUGAGAGCCCGCGAAGCCGAAGCUGCACGGAAGCGCCGAGAAGCGGAUCCCGAGCUGAGAGCCCGUGAAGCCGAAGCGGCACGGAAUCGCAGGCAAGCGGAUCCCGAGCUGAGAGCCCGAGAAGCGGCGAUGAAACGCGAGCUCAGGCAGGCGCAUCUCGAGGCAGCGCGGGCGCGGGAAGCCGCGGCUAAGCGCCUGAAGAGAUCGCUGUCCAAAGUCGCGGACACGCGCCUGGAGCGAGACAUUUCGGACCGCAGUUUCGGCCACAGCUGCAAGGUUGCAGUUCCACCCGCAGUCAUGCAACGCAAUGCUGCUUCGCGUCGUGAUCAGUCUACGUCGUGUGAGGUGGGCCUGGCCAAAUCAACACAGGUCAAGAUACCCACUCCAAAGAUCUGUCGGCGGAUGCAAACCAACGGGUUGGAAGGCCUCCACAAGCCCUCCUCAGCCGCAAAAGUCCCAUUUCAAAGCAAAGCAGUGUUCUUAGUGCCGAGGAAUUCAAGAGGAGUGAGCUGUGCAGUGCACGAGCAUGCAAAAGUCAAUUGAUUCCACAGAAGGUGACUGUGGAAUCAAGAUGGACGCCAACAAAUCGUGCAACGUAAAGAAAAAAAUCCCUCCCUCUGAGAACGUGUGUUUCGUGGUUGGUCCAUACGGCUGUGGCGUUUGCUCGCGCAGUUUCACGGAGGUGGAUGCCCUGUUCUCGCACGUUAUGGUGUGCCCCUGGCCCGAGCCCUCCCAGUGCGGCCUGUGUUCGGAGCCGUGCUCUAGCUGGGGCGCAGUGCUGGACCAUCUCGCCGUUCACAUCAACAUGAGUGCGGUGAAGUGCCCACUGUGUGAACUUGCAUUUGGCAACUACUUGAACAUACGGCGUCACAUUCAGCGCCACCACAUGCCCGUCAAGCCGUUCGUGUGCAACUGCUGUGACAGCAUGUUUAUCACGAAGUGGCACAUUCGCAAGCACAGUUGUCAGUGUCGUGAAAGAACACGCACGGUUGACAAAUACCUGGGCUCGAGUGAGAAAUGUGAUUCGCAGGCUCGCAGCCGCCUGGCCACUGCAGUGUACAGGUGCUCCAUUUGCCCGAGUGCGUUUUUGGACCGCUUGGUGAUAGCGAGGCAUAUGCGCGUUCACUUGAAUGAGGUGCAACAAAGUGUAGGAGGUGAAGUGCAGAAGAAGCAUUCCUUCGAUUGCAGCAAUGGCAGGUCAUAUGGUGCAGGACCUUCGAAAGUCAGGCAAGGAUUCGAGGCUGAGGCAUCUGCGAAAUGCUUCAUCGGGAUAGACGUUGCUGACAAGACCACAUGCUGUGAGGCCAUCUCUAAAACCACACAAGCAGAGCUGAGCUCUUCUAUGGUGUCCAGCUGGACUCAGUGCGAUGAUCUGAAAGACUCUGAAGACAUUUCUUGAACAUCAGCUGCGAAAUGUUGGUGCACACUCAUGCAUUUUUGUGUGAUAAUAUAUCACUGCUGUCAACAAGUUAUUCUCUUUGUGGUCCAAAACAUUUACACACCUUCUGUUCAUUCCGGUCCAAAACUAAAGGAAUCAAAGUUCACGUAAAAGAAGUCUACUUCUUCAUCAUCAUCGGCCUGACUACACUCACAGCAGGG